GGGCUGGUCCCUCUCCUGCCUGCGGCGUGUUUACGUCUGCAGCGUCCCAAGUACAGUGAAUGCUCUUGUGGUACCUCGCUCGGUUAGACUGACAGGUUUCUGUCCCCUUGAUUUCCGUGGUGCACAAGUCAGGCGCGGCGUAGAGUCAGGCCUGUGGGUGUGCGCGCUCACCCUUCCUGCCGGAGUACGAGCGAGCGCUCCCGCCGGUACUUUCGGGGCCUCGUCGCACAUGCGCGAAGCGGGUGCUGGCGCUAUGGCGGACGCGGGCGCCGGUGUCCGCGGCUGGCUGCAGCAACUGCAGGAGUUUGUGUCCGCGCCGGAUCGCUGCAACGCUGCGGGCGCCAGUUAUCAGCUGAUCCAUGGCUUGGGGCAGGAGUGCGUGCUGAGCACUAGCUCCGCAGUGCUGGCAUUGCAGGUUUCCUUAGUAUUUUCCAAAGAGUAUGGUUUGCUUGUAUUUGUCCGGAAGUCACUUGGCCUUGAUGAAUUUCGUGAUUGUAGAGAAGAAGCCCUAAAAUUUUUGUGUCUUUUCUUAGAGAAAAUUGACCAGAAGGUCACGCAUUAUUCUCUUGAUAUAAAGAAUACUUGUACCAGUGUUUAUACAAAAGAUAGAACUGCUAAGUGUAAAAUUGCAGCCCUAGACCUUCUGAUUAAGUUACUUAAGACACUGAGAAGUUCUAGAAUCAUGGAUGAGUUUAAGAUUGGAGAAUUAUUUAACAAGUUCUAUGGAGAACUUGCAUCAAAAUCAAGACUAACUGAUACAGUUUUAGAAAAAAUCUAUGAGCUCCUGGGAGUAUUAGGCGAAGUUCAUCCUAGUGAAAUGAUAAAUCAUUCAGAAAACCUGUUCCGGGCUUUUCUGGGAGAACUCAAGACCCAGAUGACAUCGACAGUAAGAGAACCUAGAUUUCCUGUUCUGGCUGGCUGUCUAAAAGGGCUGUCCUCGCUUCUGUGCAACUUCACCAAGUCCGUGGAGGAAGAUCCCCAGACUUCAAGGGAGAUCUUUGGUUUCGCAUUAAAAGCAAUCCGUCCACAGAUCGAGAUGAAGCGAUACGCUGUGCCCUUGGCUGGUCUGCGCUUACUUACCCUGCAUGCAUCUCAAUUUACUACCUGCCUUCUGGACAACUAUAUUACUCUAUUUGAAGUACUGUCGAAGUGGUGCAGCCACACAAAUGUGGAAUUAAAGAAAGCUGCGCAUUCAGCCCUGGAGUCCUUCCUGAAACAGAUUUCAUUUACUGUGGCAGAAGACGCAGAGUUACACAGGAGUCAGCUGCAGUACUUCAUGGAACAGUUCUAUGGAAUCAUCAGAAAUGCGGAUUCGAACAACAAGGAGUUAUCCAUUGCUAUUCGUGGAUAUGGACUAUUUGCAGGACCUUGCAAGGUUAUAAAUGCCAAAGAUGUUGACUUCAUGUAUGUUGAGCUCAUUCAGCGCUGUAAACAGAUGUUCCUCACCCAGACUGAAGCCAGUGAGGAUCAUGUUUACCAGAUGCCGAGUUUCCUCCAGUCCAUUGCAAGUGUCCUGCUUUACCUUGACGCGGUUCCUGAAGUAUAUACUCCCGUUUUGGAACAUCUCAUGGUGGUACAGAUAGACAGUUUCCCUCAGUACAGCCCCAAAAUGCAGCUGGUGUGUUGUAAAGCAAUAGUAAAAGUCUUCCUGGCCUUAGCAGAAAAAGGGCCAGUUCACUGGAAUUUCAUUAGUACUGUGGUGCAUCAAGGUUUAAUUAGAAUAUGUUCUAAACCAGUGGUCCUUCAAAAGGAUGUUGAGUCCAAGUCGAAUAACCAAUGGGCCUCAGGGGAAGUCAGAACGGGCAAGUGGAAAGUGCCCACGUACAAAGAUUAUGUGGAUCUUUUUCAGCAUCUUUUAAGCUGUGACCAGAUGACGGAUUUUAUUUUAGCAGAUGAAACAUUUCUCUUUGAGAAUUCCUCCCUUAAAAGUUUGAAUCAUUUACUCUAUGAUGAAUUUAUAAGAUCAGUUUUGAAGAUUGUGGAAAAAUUGGAUCUUACACUGGAGAAACAGACUGUUGGAGAGCAUGAGGAUGGAAGCACAACUGCUGUUUGGGUGAUCCCAACUUCAGAUCCAGCUGCUAAUUUGCAACCUACUAAACCAAAAGACUUUUCAGCUUUCAUUAACCUGGUGGAGUUUUGCAGGGAGAUUCUUCCUAAGAAACAAAUAAGACUUUUUGAGCCAUGGGUACACUCAUUUGCAUAUGAGUUAAUUUUACAGUCUACACGGUUGCCACUCAUCAGUGGUUUCUACAAAUUACUUUCUAUUGCAGUGAAAAAUGCCAGGAAAAUAAAAUAUUUUGAGGGAGUUAGCCCAAACAGUCUGAAGCAUUCUUCUGAAGAUCCAGAAAAGUAUUCUUGCUUUGCUUUAUUUGCAAAAUUUGGCAAAGAGGUAUCAGUUAAAAUGAAGCAGUACAAGGAUGAACUUUUGGCCUCCUGUUUAACCUUUGUUCUGUCCUUGCCACAUGACAUCAUUGAACUUGAUGUUAGAGCUUAUGUUCCUGCAUUGCAGAUGGCCUUCAAACUGGGCCUGAGCCAUAUGCCUCUGGCAGAAGUAGGUCUGCAUGCCCUUGAAGAAUGGUCGGUUCACAUUAAUAAGUCUAUAAUGCAGCCUUACUACAAAGACAUUCUCCCCUGCCUUGAUGGAUACCUUAAAACUUCAAUCUUGUCAGAUGAAACCAAGAGCCACUGGGAAGUAUCAGCACUUUCUCGAGCUGCCCAGAAGGGAUUUAAUAAAAAUGUGUUGAAACAUCUGAAAAGGACAACAAAUAUUUCACCAGAUGAAGCGCUAUCUUUAGAAGAAAUAAGAAUUAGAGUAGUACAAAUUCUGGGAUUCCUAGGAGGACAAAUAAACAAAAAUCUUGUAACAGCUGCUUCAGGAGAGAGAAUGAAGAAGUGUGUGGCGUGGGACAGCGAGAAGAGACUCAGCUUUGCAGUUCCUUUCAGAGAGAUGAAGCCUGUGAUCUAUCUGGAUGUCUUCCUGCCUCGGGUCACUGAAUUAGCUCUUUCUGCUAGUGACCGACAGACAAAAGUGGCAGCUUGUGAACUGUUACACAGCAUGAUCAUGUUUAUGUUGGGAAGAGCCUCUCAGAUGCCUGAAGGUCAGGGGUGGCCUCCCAUGUACCAGCUCUACAAGCACACGUUUCCUGUGCUGCUUCAACUUGCAUGCGAUGUGGAUCAGGUGACAAGGCAGCUCUAUGAACCGCUUGUUAUGCAGCUGAUUCACUGGUUUACCAACAAUAAGAAAUUUGAAAGUCAGGAUACUGUUGCCUUACUAGAAGCCAUACUGGAUGGUAUUGUGGACCCUGUUGACAGUACUUUAAGAGAUUUUUGUGGAUGCUGUAUUCGAGAAUUCCUCAAAUGGUCCAUUAAGCAGACAACACCUCAGCAGCAAGAGAAGAGCCCAGUAAACAGCAAGUCACUUUUCAAGCGUCUCUACAGCCUUGCACUCCAUCCUAAUGCCUUCAAGAGGCUCGGCGCAGCACUUGCUUUUAAUCACAUCUACAAGGAGUUCAGGGAAGAAGCAUCCUUGGUAGAACAGUUUGUAUUUGAAGCCUUAGUGACAUACAUGGAAAGUCUGGCCUUGGCACAUGCGGAUGAGAAAUCCUUAGGUACAAUUCAGCAGUGCUGUGAUGCCAUUGAUCACCUCAGACGCAUCAUUGAAAAGAAGCACGACUCUUUAAACAUACCAAGAAAACGACGGUUGCCACAGGGGUUUCCACCGUUGACAUCGUUGUGUUUAUUGGAUCUAGUCAAGUGGCUUUUAGCUAACUGUGGAAGGCCCCAGACAGAAUGUCGACACAAGUCCAUAGAACUCUUUUAUAAAUUUGUUCCUUUACUCCCAGACAACAAAUCCCCUUCUGUAUGGUUGAAAGAUCUCAUAAAAACAGAAGAUAUUUCUUUUCUCAUAAACACAUUCGAAGGAGGGGUUAGCAGCUGUGAUCAACCAGCGGGCAUUCUUGCUCAGCCAACUCUCUUCCAUUUGCAAGGGCCAGUGAGCCUGAGAGCAGUCCUACAGUGGCUGGACAUGCUCCUUGCGGCACUGGAGUGCUAUAACACAUUCAUCGAGGAGAAGACUGUGGAAGUACAAGACGUUCUGGGUACUGAAACACAGUCUUCACUUUUAAAGUCAGUGGCUUUCUUUUUAGAAAGCGUAGCAACCCACGAUGUUAGAGCAAUUGAACAACGCUUUGGCACAGGGGUAGCAGCUGGGCCUCCCAGUCUACAAGAGGAAGAAAAAUACAACUAUAACAAAUGCACAGUCUUGGUCCGGAUUAUGGAAUUUACCACAACCCUGCUCAAUACCUCUCCAGAAAUUUUCAAGCUCCUGGAGAAGGACUUGUGUAACACAAACCUAAUGAAAGUCUUAGUGAAAAUGCUUUGUGAGCCCGUGAGCUUAGGGUUCAAUGUUGGCGACGUCCAGGUUAUGAACCACCUUCCCAGCAUUUGUGUGAACCUGCUGAAGGCACUGAAGAAGUCCCCAUGCAGAGACAUGCUGGAGACUCACCUGAAGAAGAAAGUGACAGCGCAGAGUGUCGAAGAGCUCUGUGCCAUUAACUUGUGUGACUCUGAUGCUCGCCAAGAAAGGACCAAGUUGCUGUCUGUCUUAUCAGCCUGUCAACAGCUUCACAAAGCUGGCUUCUCUCAUGUCAUAUCCCCAUCUCAGUCUACAGCACUGGAUCAUCCCAUUGGCAUGCGGCUGCUCUCUUUGGUUUAUAAAGGCAUUGCACCUGCAGAGGAAAGGCAGUGCAUGCAGUCGUUGGACCCCAGCUGUAUGAGCCUGGCCAAUGGACUCCUGGAGUUAGCCUUUGCCUACGGAGGACUGUGUGAGCAUCUUGUGAGUUUGCUGCUGAAUUCAGCACUGUUGUCUAUGCAGUAUUUGGGCAGUUCACAGAGAAACGUCAGCUUCUCCCACGGGGAAUAUUUCUAUAGUUUGUUCUCAGAAAUAAUCAACAGUGAGCUAUUGAAAAAUCUUGAUAUUGCUGUAUCAGAGCUCAUGAAGUCAUCAACAGAUAAUCCCAAAAUGGUUAGUACUGUUUUAAAUGGUAUGUUAGAUCAGAGCUUCAAGGAUCGAGCUGUUCAUAAACAACACGGAGUGAAGCUUGCAGCUGCCAUUAUGCAAAACUGGAGGAAGUGUGAUUCAUGGUGGGCCGCAGAUUCUGCUCCAGAAAGCAAAGUGACAGUGCUAUCCUUACUGGCAAAAAUGUUGCAGAUUGAUUCAGCUUUAUCUUUUGAUACAAUUCACAGCUCAUUUCCUGAAAUCUUCACAACGUAUGCUAGUCUACUUGCUGAUACAAAGUUGGGUCUACACUUAAAGGGCCAAGCUCUCAUUCUCCUCCCGUUCUUCACCAGCCCGACUGAAGACAGGCUAGAAAACCUUAAGCAUAUUCUGGAAAAGCUCAUCGUGUCUAAUUUCCCCAUGAAGUCUGAUGAAUUUCCCACUGAUUCCCUAAAGUACAAUAAUUAUGUGGACUGCAUGAAAAAGUGGUAUUGGAGUCCACAUGUCAAACAAUUAAACCUUCUGCAAAGCGUGUAUACGAUGUUCCGGAAGGAUGAGCUGCCUUCCAAUGUCACUCGCCAAGCAUUUGUAGAUCGCUCUCUCCUCACCGUGCUGUGGCAUUGUGACUUGGACACACUGAAAGAGUUCUUCAGCAGAAUUGUGGUGGAUGCCAUUGAUGUGUUGAAGUCCAGAUUUACAAAGGUAAAUGAAUUUACCUUUGACACUCAAAUCACCAAGAAGAUGUGCUAUUACAAGAUACUAGCCGUGAUGUAUUCUCGUCUUUCAAAAGAUGAUGUUCACUCUAAAGAAUCUAAAAUUAAUCAAGCUUUCCACGGUUCCUGCAUUGCAGAAGGAAAUGAACUUACAAAGAUACUUCUUAAGUCAUGCCAUGAUGCCUUUACAGAGAACAUGGCAGGGGAGAGCCAGUUGCUGGAGAAGAGAAGACUUUAUCAUUGUGCUGCAUACAAUUGUGCCAUUUCCCUAAUAUGCUGUGUCUUCAAUGAAUUGAAAUUUUACCAAGGUUUUCUGUUUAGCGAAAAACCAGAAAAGAACUUGUAUAUUUUUGAAAAUUUGAUAGACCUGAAGCGUUGCUAUGCAUUUCCUAUAGAAGUUGAGGUUCCAAUGGAAAGAAAGAAAAAGUACAUUGAAAUUAGGAAGGAGGCCAGGGAUGCAGCAAAUGGGACUUCAGGCAGUCCUCAUUAUAUGUCUUCAUUGUCAUAUUUCACAGAGAGUAGCCUAAGUGAAGAAAUGAGUCAGUUUGAUUUUUCAACUGGAGUUCAGAGCUACUCGUACAGCUUUCAAGAUCGUAAACCUCCCACUGGCCAUUUUCAGAGACGGGAACAAGAUCCCAUGACCCAAGGUGACAUCCUGGAGUUAGAGAUGGAUGAACUCAACCAACACGAAUGCAUGGCUACCAUGACAGCCCUGAUUAAGCACAUGCAGAGAAAUCUGAUUACACCCAGGGUAGAAGAGGAUUCGAAGCCAAAAGAUCUUCCUCCUUGGAUGAAAUUUCUUCAUGACAAACUAGAAAAUAAAUCAGUCCCAUUAAAUAUCCGUCUCUUCUUAGCCAAGCUUGUUAUUAAUACGGAAGAGGUCUUUCGCCCUUAUGCAAAGCACUGGCUCAGCCCCUUGCUACAGCUGGCUGUUUCCCAGAACAACGGAGAAGGAAUUCACUACAUGGUGGUGGAAAUAGUAGCUACUGUUCUCUCUUGGACAGGCUUGGCUACGCCUACAGGGGUCUCUAAAGAUGAAGUGUUAGCAAAUCGAUUGCUUCAUUUUCUAAUGAAACAUGUCUUCCAUCCCAAAAGAGCUGUGUUCAGACACAACCUUGAAAUUAUUAAAACCGUUGUUGAAUGCUGGAAGGAAUGUCUUUCCAUCCCUUACAGUUUAAUAUUUGAAAAUUUUUCACAUAAGGACCCUAAUUCUAAAGACAAUUCUGUAGGAAUUCAAUUAUUGGGCAUUGUAAUAGCUAAUGACUUGCCUCCCUACGACCCGAAGUGUGGCAUACCGAGUACCAAAUAUUUUGAAGCUUUGGUCAAUAACAUGUCCUUUGUGAAGUAUAAAGAGGUUUAUGCAGCUGCAGCAGAGGUUCUAGGACUGACUCUUCAACAUGUUACUGAGAGGAAACACGUGAUAGCAGAGUCAAUAUAUGAACUGGUUGUAAAACAACUAAAGCAACAUCAAAAUACUAUGGAAGACAAAUUUAUUGUGUGCUUAAACAAAAUAGUGAAGGGCUUCCCUCCUCUAGCUGACAGUUUCUUGAAUGCCGUGUUCUUUCUACUGCCAAAAUUUCACGGAGUGAUGAAGACACUUUGCCUGGAGGUUGUGCUUUAUCGUGCAGAAAUGACUACAGGCUUGUACUUACAGCUAAAGAGUAAGGACUUUCUCCAAGUCAUGAAACAUAGAGAUGAUGAAAGACAAAAGGUGUGUUUGGAUAUAGUUUAUAAGAUGAUAGCAAAAUUAAAACCAGUAGAACUUCGAGAACUUCUGCAUCCUGUUGUGGAAUUUGUUUCCCAUCCUUCUCCAACGUGUAGAGAGCAAAUGUAUAAUAUUCUUAUGUGGAUUCACGACAAUUACAGAGAUCCAGAAAGUCAAAUGGAUCAAGACUCCAAGGAAAUUUUUAACCUGGCCAAGGAUGUGCUGAUUCAAGGACUGGUUGAUGAGAACGUUGGACUCCAAUUAAUUAUUCGGAAUUUCUGGAGCCAUGAAACCAGAUUACCAUCCAAUACAUUGGACCGAUUGUUGGCAUUAAAUUCUUUAUAUUCUCCAAAAAUAGAAGUUCACUUUUUAAGUUUAGCAACAAAUUUUCUGCUUGAAAUGACCAGGAUAAGCCCAGAUUAUAUAAACCCAAUCUUCGAGCAUCCUCUGUCCGAGUGUGAAUUUCAGGAAUAUACUAUAGAGCCUGACUGGCGUUUUCGAAGCACUGUUCUCACUCCACUGUUUAUGGAGACCCAGGCCUCUCCAAGUGCUCUCCAUGCCCAAACCCAGGAAGGGGCCCUCUCAGACCGAAGGCAGAGGCCUGGGCAAGUGCGGGCCACCCAACAGCACUAUGAUUUCACCCCGACACAAACUACAGUGGAAAGGAGCUCAUUUGAUUGGCUGACUGGGAGCAGCAUUGACCCAUUGGCGGAUCACACAGUCUUCCCUUCAGAAUCCUCAUCUUCCUCCUUGUUGGUUGCCCACAAGAGGAGUGAAACGUCACAGAGAAUACACUGGAAGUCAGUAGGACCUGACUUUGGGAUGAAAAAACUGGGCCUUCCUGGUGAUGAGGUGGAUAACCAAGUGAAAAGUGGUCCUCACAAUCGAGCAGAAAUUCUGAGGUUACGCAGAAGAUUUUUAAAGGACCAAGAAAACCUCAGUUUGCUCUAUGCCAAAAAGGGCCUCAUGAAACAAAAACUAGAGAAGGAUAUCAAGAGUGAGUUAAAAACGAAGCAGGAUGCCCAGGUUGUUCUGUACAGAAGCUAUCGUCAUGGUGACCUUCCUGACAUCCAGAUCCAGCACAGCAGUCUCAUCACCCCCUUGCAAGCUGUGGCCCAGAAAGACCCAAUAAUUGCAAAGCAACUCUUCAGCAGCUUGUUUUCUGGGAUUUUAAAAGAAAUGAAUAAAUUUAAGACAACAUCUGAAAAAAACAUCAUCACUCAAAAUUUGCUUCAAGACUUCAACCGUUUCCUUAAUUCCACUUUCUUAUUCUUCCCACCCUUUAUCUCUUGCAUCCAGGAAAUCAGUUGCCAACACCUAGACUUGCUGAGUCUUGAUCCGGCUGCUGUUCGAGUGGGGUGCCUGGCCAGUCUGCAACAGCCUGGAGGUAUCCGUCUUCUGGAAGAGGCGCUACUCCACCUGGUCCCAGAACAGCCACCUACCAAACGAGUCCGGGGCAAGACUUGCUUGCCACCUGAUGUUCUGCGGUGGAUGGAACUUGCUAAACUGUAUCGAUCAAUUGGGGAGUAUGAUGUCCUCCGUGGCAUUUUUGGCAGUGAGUUAGGAACAAAGCAGGACACUCGGAAUGCACUAUUAGCAGAAGCCAGAAGUGAUUAUUCUGAAGCUGCUAAGCUGUAUAAUGAGGCUUUAAAUAAACAGGAGUGGGUGGAUGGUGAACCCACAGAGGCUGAGAAAGAGUUCUGGGAACUGGCAUCCCUUGACUGUUACAACAACCUGUCUGAAUGGAAACCACUUGAAUACUGUUCUACAACUAGUGUAGGUAGUGAAAAUCCUCUAGACCUGAGUAAAAUAUGGAGCGAACCAUUUUACCAGGAGACAUAUCUCCCGUAUGUGAUCCGAAGCAAACUGAAGCUCCUGCUUCAUGGAGAAGGCAACCAGUCUCUGCUGACGUUUGUGGAUGAAGCCAUGCACAAGGAGCUGCAGAAGACGAUCCUGGAGCUUCAGUAUAGUCAGGAGCUGAGUCUCCUUUACAUCUUGCAAGACGAUAUUGACAGAGCCACAUACUACAUUAAAAAUGGCAUUCAGAUUUUCAUGCAGAAUUAUUCCAGUAUUGAUGUCUUCUUACACAGAAGUAGACUUGCCAAGUUACAGUCUGUGCAGACUUUAGCAGAAAUUGAGGAGUUCCUCAACUUUAUAAGUAAACAUGGUGAUUUAUCAUCUCUGGGUCCCCUUAGAAAACUUCUGAAAACCUGGACAAGCAGAUACCCAGAUGCUGUGACAGACCCGAUGCACAUCUGGGAUGACAUCAUCACAAAUCGCUGCUUCUUUCUCAGUAAAAUAGAGGAGAGACUGACUGCUUCUUCGGGUGACCUCAGUAUGAGCGUGGAUGAGGAUGAAGAUUCUGUUGACAGGAGAGAAGUCGAUGAGCUGCAGGAAGAUGCUCGCUCCAUGCUGCAGAGCUGCAGGUUCACCAUGAGAAUGAAGAUGGUGGACAGUGCGUGGAAGCAGAAUAAUUUCUCACUUGCCAUGAAACUCCUGAAAGAGCUGCAUAAAGAUUCAAAAACAAGAGAGACUUGGCGAGUGCGGUGGACACACAGUUACUGCCGGAUGAGCCACGGCCGGAGCCACACCCAGAGCUCCAGGGAACAAGUUCUCACCGUGCUCAAAACCAUCACACUGUUGGAUGAGACUAAUAUGUCAAACUACUUAAACAAAAAUAGUCGGGUCUCUUGUGACCAGAACAUUCUUUUGGGGACAACUUUCAAGAUCAUGGCUGAUGCUAUCAACAGGGAGCCAGCCUGCCUGUUGGACCUGGAGGAAAGCAAGGCCAAAUCAGUCUUGGCACUUUCUCGGUCUAAUGGAGAAAGCACAGAGAAGGUAAUCUCAGGUCUGUACCAGAGAGCAUUCCAUCACUUCUCUAAAGCCGUGCAGUCAGCUGAAGAGGAGAACCAGCUUUCCUGCUGGGGCCAUGAGGCUGCAGCUGAGCAGGCCCAUGCUUAUAUGACACUGGUCGGUUUCUGUGACCAGCAGCUCCGAAAGGUAGAAGAGAGUGCAUCCAGUGCAUCACAGAAGAGAAGUAAGGAAUUGGAAGCAUAUCCAGCACUUGUGGUGGAGAAACUGCUAAGAGCAUUAAAGUUGAACUCUUCUGAAGCCAGGCUGAGGUUUCCUAGAUUACUUCAGAUCAUAGAAGAGUAUCCAGAGGAGACCUUAGCCAUAAUGACAAAAGAGAUUUCAUCCAUUCCUUGCUGGCAGUUCAUUGGUUGGAUCAGCCACAUGAUGGCCUUACUAGAUAAAGAGGAAGCCAUUGCAGUGCAGCCUACUGUGGAAGAGAUUGCUGAUAACUACCCACAGGCCAUCAUCUACCCUUUUAUAAUAAGCAGUGAAAGCUACUCCUUUAAACAGACUUCUUCUGGUCAUAAGAAUAAGGCAUUUGUUGAAAGGAUAAAAAGUAAACUUGAUCAAGGAGGAGAGAUUCAAGUUUUUAUUAAUGCCCUAGACCAGCUCUCCAAUCCUGAUAUGCUCUUUAAGGACUGGGUUGAGGAUAUGAAAAAUGAACUUGAAAAGAAUCCUGUGAAUAAAAAUAAUAUUGUAAAACUGUAUGAAAGGAUGUACACUGCCUUGGGUGACCUUCAGGCUCAAGGCUUGGGGCCAUUUAGAAGGAAGUUCAUCCAGGCCUUCGGGAAAGAAUUUGACAAAAGCUUUGGGAAUGGUGGUUCUAAGCUGCCUACAAUGAAGCCCAGUCACUUCCGUGAUAUCACUGAUGCACUAUUUGUAAGGAUGAGAACAAACCUGAAGCCACCUGGGAACCUGAAAGAGUACUCCCCCUGGAUGAGUGCAUUCAAAGUGCAGUCCCCAGGAAAUGAAGUGGAGAUUCCUGGCCAGUAUGAUGGCAAGGGCAAGCCAUUGCCUGAAUAUCAUGUCCGGAUCUCUGGAUUUGAUGAGCGGGUAAAAGUAAUGGCCUCCUUGAGGAGACCAAAGCGCAUUGUUAUUCGAGGCCAUGAUGAAAAGGAGUACCCCUUCCUGGUAAAAGGCGGCGAGGACCUCCGUCAGGACCAGCGCAUUGAGCAGCUCUUUGAGGUCAUGAAUGCCAUCCUCGCUCAGAAUGCUGCCUGCAGUCAGAGAAACAUGCAGUUAAGGACUUACCGUGUCGUGCCCAUGACCUCCAGAUUAGGAUUAAUUGAAUGGAUUGAAAAUACUAUGACCUUGAAGGAACUUAUUUUCAAUAAUAUGUCGAAAGAGGAGAAAGUGGCUCAUAGCAGUGAUCCUUAUGCACCAGCUCGUGAAUAUAAAGACUGGCUAAUAAAAAUGUCGGGGAAAACUGAUAAUGGAGCCUAUGCACUAAUGUACAAAAGAGCUAACCGUACAGAAACAGUCAUGGCUUUUAGAAAAAGGGAGAAUAAAGUGCCUGCUGAUCUCUUAAAGCGGGCUUUUGUAAAGAUGAGCGCCAGCGCUGAGGCCUUCCUGGCACUACGGUCCCACUUCGCCAGCUCUCAUGCACUGUUGUGUAUCAGCCACUGGCUCCUCGGUAUUGGAGACAGACAUCUGAGCAAUUUCAUGGUAGCCAUGGAGACGGGCAGCGUGAUUGGCAUUGACUUUGGACAUGCAUUUGGAUCAGCUACUCAGUUUCUUCCAGUUCCUGAGUUGAUGCCUUUUCGCCUAACCCGCCAGUUUGUCAAUCUCAUGUUACCAAUGAAAGAAACGGGUCUUGUGUGUGCUGUCAUGGUGCAUGCCCUGAGGGCUUUCCGCUCACGCGCAGGUCUGCUCACCGACACCAUGGAGGUUUUUGUGAAGGAGCCCUCUUUUGAUUGGAAGUGUUUUGAGCAGAAAAUGCUGAAAAGAGGAGGAUCCUGGAUUCAAGAGAUAAAUGUAACUGAGAAGAACUGGUAUCCUCAGCAGAAAAUACGCUAUGCUAAGAGAAAAUUAGCAGGGGCCAACCCAGCAGUUAUAACUUGUGACGAGUUAUAUCUAGGCCAUGAAAACUCAUCUGCCUUUGGGAGUUAUACAGCUGUGGCUCGAGGAAACAAAGACCACAACAUUCGUGCACAAGAGCCGGAGAGUGGACUUUCAGAAGAGACUCAAGUGAAGUGCUUGGUGGACCAGGCCACAGACCCCAAUAUCCUUGGCCGGACUUGGGAAGGAUGGGAGCCUUGGAUCUAAAGUCUAGGGGAGCCACCAGCUGUAAAGCAUUCCAUCACCGAGGGAAUCUUCUAGACCUUCACCAACAGCAGGGUAUUACUUGAAGAAAAAAAAGAAAUCUACUUGGUAGUGCUGGUAAGAUGGCUCCCUUGCUGCCAGCACUAAUGACCUAGCUUCAAUCCCUGGAACCCACAUGAUGGAUGAAGAGAAGCAACUCCUGCAAGUUGUCCUUUGACCUCCAUACAUGUGCCUUGUCUUACAUUUACCUACACACACAUACAUUUGAAAAUAAAAAAAUAUGAUAAAUAUU